AUGCCCAUCGCUACCUUUGCCGCCCUCUCCGUUACGGAGCUCAUUGCCACUCGUGCUUCGAAGCAAGGCGAUGAGCCCGCGGUCCAUACCGGGUCCGCCGAGUUCGGGGACGAGCUCCAGACACUCACCUACUCGGACGUCCAGCGUGCGGUCGACCGGCUAGCUGCUCACUACGCCUCGCUCAACCUCCAACCUCCCAUCCCAGAGGGUGACGUCCCUCCCGAGCGCGUCAUCGCCGUCCUCACCUCCACUGCCAUCGACGAGACCCUCCUCGAGAUCGCUCUUGCCAAGCUCGGUCUCACCGCUCUCCUUCUGUCGGUCAACAACUCGGUCGCUGCCGUCGCACACCUCUGCAAGCAGACGAAGAGCUCGCACCUGCUCUACGGGCCAAAGUUUGCAGGGACAGCGCAGGAGGUCAAGGCGCUUUUAGAGGAGGAAGGGGUACGGCUGGAUGUGCUGCCAGAGAAGAGAUUCCCAUUGUGGGGCAAGGGCGGUGUCAGGGAGAGCAACAUUCCCGCCUACCCCGCCCGCCUCACUCCUCAGCAAGAGACCAAGCGGACCUGCGUCAUCCUCCACUCGUCCGGCUCGACCGGGUUCCCCAAGCCCGUCUACAUUACCCACUACGGUCUCGUCGCCAAUGCCGCCAUGUCCCUCCCCAAGACGGGCUUCUCAGCUUUGCCCCUCUUCCAUGGCUUUGGCCACUUUUCAGUCUUCCGCUGCGUCUACCAUGGCAAGGCAUUCACCCUCCUCCCGCCCCACCUCCCCAUCACCUCGGCCAACAUUGUUCGGACGAUCCAAGCCUCUCCCUCCCCCCCUCAGCAGCACUUUGCCGUCCCCUAUGUCCUCAAGCUCCUCGCCGAGACGCAAGAGGGUAUCGACUCGCUGGCGUCGUUCGAGGCGGUCUCUUUUGCCGGUGCGGCGGUCCCGGACGAUCUGGGCAACCGGCUGGUCGACGCGGGUGUACCCCUCAUCUCCGUAUACGGAACUACCGAAACUGGUGGACUGAUGUCUUCCCGCCGAGACUGCGCGACCGACAAGGCCUGGAACUGGCUUCGCGCGGAAGGUCCCAUCGCCGACUACCUCGAGCUCGCCCCGCAGGGCUCCGACAACUUUGAGAUCAUCGUCAAGGAUGGCUGGCCCGCCAAGAUCUUGUCGAACCGGGACGACGGGGCCUAUUGCACCAAGGACCUCAUGCAGCGUCACCCGGACCACCCGACCUGGUUCAAGUACAUCGGUCGGCUGGACGACACUUUGACGCAGACGCUGGGGGAGAAGACCAAUCCCGUCCCGAUCGAGCUGGCAAUCCGCGGCAAUACCCCCCUUAUCCGCGAGUGUAUCGUUUUUGGGGAUGCUCGCCCCCAGGUCGGCUGCCUCAUCCUCCCCUCCGACCAAGGUGCCGAGCUCAGCAAGGACAAGAAGGCGUACCUCGAGGCUAUCUGGCCAGUGAUUGCGGACGCCAACGCCGCCGCGCCGUCGCACUCGAGAAUACUGCCCGAGAUGGUCGAGUUGCUGCCGUACGGAACGGACAUCCCAGUGGCUACAAAGAUGUCCAUCCUCCGUCCCGCCUGCUACAAGCUCUUUGCACCCCUCAUCAACUCCAUCUACGACCGCUUUGAGCGCGGUACCGGCGCACCCAAGCAGCACAUCUCUACCUCGGUCGACAUGCAGCAAUUCCUCCACAACCUCAUCUCGACCGCUCUCGGGGACAAGGCGUCGUCGGACCUCACCCCCUCUACCGAUCUCUUCUCGUAUGGUGUCGACUCGCUCCAGGCCACUCGGGUACGGAACGACAUCAUCAAGAACCUCGAGCUCGGGCCGGACGUCACGCUGGGGCAGAACGUGGUGUAUGAGCAUCCGUCGAUCGAGCGGCUGGCUACAUUCAUCCUGGCGCUGAAUGAAGGGACAGGGGAGACGGCGUCUCAGUCGGCGCAGGAGAAGAUGCUGGCGAUGGUGGACAAGUGGGCGGGGAAGCUUGUCACUCCUACUUCCACCUCCAGCUCGGCCAACGGGCACACGGGCGAGACCAUCGUCCUCACUGGCGCCACCGGCUCUCUCGGCGCCCACAUCCUCGAUCAACUCACUCGCCGGCCAGAAGUCACCCGUGUCAUCUGCCUAUCCCGCGCCAAGUCCCACGCCGACUCAUCCGCCCGUAUCCAGGACUCGCUCUCCCAGCGGCUGCGGUCCCUCUCUGCCGAGGCUCAGGCCAAGAUCGUCUCGUACGCUUCGGACGUUAACAAGCCGGAUCUCGGUCUCUCCGCCACAGAGUACGAGGACCUCCGCUCCUCCGCUACGAGCAUCAUCCACAACGCUUGGCCGGUCAACUUUGUCCUUUCGAUCGACUCGUUCGAGGACCACAUCGAGGGCGCCGUCAACCUCCUCAACCUCGCUCUUUCCUCACCACACCCUACAACCCCUACCUUCUACUUCUCCUCCUCCGUCGGUACCCGCCAAGGCCGGCCAGAUCCCACCGUCGCCGAAGACUUCUCCGACUCGCCCAUCACGGCUGGCGGGAUGGGGUACGGCCAGUCCAAGUGGGUCGUCGAGAAGCUUUGCGAGCGCGCUGCUGCGUCAAACGGCGCGCGGGUCGGGGUACUCCGGAUCGGCCAGCUCGUUGGCGACUCGGAGAAUGGCGUAUGGAACGAGACCGAGGCGUGGCCCCUCCUGUUCCGCUCGGCUCUCACUACCGGCGCACUACCCAUGCUCGAGGAGAAGCCUACCUGGCUGCCGGUGGACGAGGCGGGCCGGGCGAUCGCCGAGAUCGUCCUAGCAGGUGGAGCGGACCAAGCGGCGGUGUAUCACGUCCUGAACAAUAAGGAGAGUCGGUGGGCGGACAUUCUGGAAGGUCUGAAGAAGGGUGGCGUGUCGUUCGAGACUGUGGACCGGAUGAAGUGGCUGGAGGGGCUGGCGAAGAGCGAGGCGGACGUGGAGAAGAACCCUACUUAUAAGCUACUUAGCUUCUACCAGAACCGAAUGGGCAAAUCGGACGAAAGACCUCACAUGGAGUUCAUCGUCGACAAGACCGCCGCUGUCUCGCCUACUAUCGGUCAGGUCAAGCCCAUCUCGCCCGAGCUGGUUGCGCUCUGGGUUGGGCAGUGGAAGACGAGCGGGUUCUUGCAAUAG